GGCAGGCACCCCCCGCGCUCUGCCUGUGCUGCCUCGCCACCGCCGUCCCCUUCCUGAGUCACGCAGCCUGUGCUGGGUGCUGGAAGCCGCCCGGGGUUGUGGCCCACACAACAAAACUCAAAAGUGCUUUCGAGUUUUCACCAGCUCAGUUCCUGGUGUGGUUGUGCCCGUGCCAGGGUAAUGCUGGAAGAAGGAUGUUUAUUUUGCAGGCGUGCUGGUACUAACCAGUUGAGAACUUGAGGUUUAAGGCACUUCCAGGGCAGCGGACACAUAGACAGGCCACUGCUGUCCUGAUAGCACCAUUUUUGUCACACUCGGUCCUCUCCCUCCAGCUGCAGAUGAGGGGGGAGGAGAAGGACUUCAUGCAACCACAGACAGUUCUUCAGCGGGCCGAAGGAAAAGGAACUGGACCGAAGGAAACGUGAGGCAGAAGCCCCUCUUCUUUUGCUCUUUGGUUUGUUUUGGAGUCUGCAGUUACCUGCUCGGUGGUGCCUGCAGCAGUAAUUCUACACUAGGAGACUGUGACUUCCAGGGUCAUCGCUUCUUUUAAGGAGCUGGCUGUCGUGUUCAAUGGUUCUGUGUCUGCAGUUGGAUUCCCACUAAUGUAACGCUGUGACAAUUUAUCUGCUUACAUAUUUGCUUCAGGUUCUAUAACAAUGAUGGUGUAGUCGGGAUCUGCUGUUACUUAUUUACCUAGAGAAAUUCCUGUUUCAAUUCAAUUCUGAGUAUAUUUCCUGAAAGAGAUGAAGAAAGGGCUGGGAAGUGGAGCUUGUCCCCUUGCCGCUUCAGGCAAUUUAGCGGAGUCAAAUCCGGACAAUAACAGCAGCAACGGAGCCUCAGUGAAAGAGAAAGACAUGCAUUCCUCUUCUGGAGAACUGGAAAACGUACAGCUGAAACCCAGCAGAGAAACACCCAGAAAAAAACUCUGUGGCUAUUUAAAUAAGCUGGGCAUCAAGGGGCCAAUCAAGACGUGGAAGUCUCGCUGGUUCUUUUACGAUGAAAACAAAUGUCAUUUACUAUACUACAGAACUGCACAGGACAUCAACCCUUUGGGGUCUAUCGAUAUCGCCAGUGCUACCUUUGACUGCAAGGUGGAAAAUGGGGAAGGGGUUUUUGAGAUCAGAACACCAAGCAGAGUUUUUACUUUGAAGGCAAUCAGCAAGCAGGCAACGAUGUACUGGCUGCAGCAGCUACAAAUGAGACGUUGGGAAUUUUGCAAUGCUCAGAGCAGAUUUCCUGUGGGCAGCUCCCAGCUUGUGAAUGAGCCUCUGGCUGGCAGAACAAGUGGUGUUGACAAUGAAGACUUUCUGCCUCCGGUGAAAACACCAACAGAAGUAGUGGGUUUAAAGGCAGCAUCUUUGCCGGCACCCCAAACAUGCACUGCUUUGCAAAACAUCUCCCUUAAGCACCCUUGGACAGAGAUACAAAACACUGUCUACAAUAUCUGUGGCUCCAAGCAGCUCUUGGGGAACAAUGGGAACAUCUUUAGCUUCAGUGAAUUCCAGGAGCAUCCUGAGAACCCGCAUGAAGAGCAGGAGGCAAAAGUGGAGGCAGGGUGUGCAGUUAAGGAGGGGAUCCCAGAGGAUGGAAGGAUGGAGCCCAGGCUGAACUGGGUUAGGAAAGCCAGGUGGAUGAACAGUGGCUUCCCAGGCUUGCCUGAAGAACUGUCCAGGGAGAGGAACCCAAUGGAUAAAGUGAGUGUCCUACAGCAACAGAUGCUGACACUCACAGAGGAAGUCAAGUCACAGAAGGAGCUGGUUAAACUUCUCCACAAAGCUCUGGAGGCAGCCCAGCAGGAGAAGCGAGUAUCUAGCAUGUAUCUCACUGCAGCAGAAGAUAAGGACAGGCUGGAGCUGGUGCGCCACAAAGUGAGACAAAUCGCAGAUCUCACCAGUCGACUAGAAGCUCUUGAGAAAGAAAAGAAGGAACUGGAGCAGAUGCUGACUCUGAGGGACAGCCACAUCCAGGAACUCAAGGAGCAUGUUCAACUUCUGAUGGAGAAAAACCACGCCAAACAGGAAGUCAUCAUGGCCUUGACAGAGCAGAUGGCCCGAGAGCUCUCUGACCCCCUGCAAGAAGCCAACACUGUCACUGCAGAGACAUUGUAUAAACAGCAGGAGGAGAUUGAGCACCUGAAGGAUGAUAUUGAUGCAUACAAAACCCAGAACCAGUUUCUGAACUCGGAGAUCCACCAGGUUACUCGACUCUGGACGAGUGUUGCUGAGAAUGAAAAGGCCCUUCUGAUGAAGUGUGCAUGCCUGCAAGCCCGAAACUGCCAGAUGGAGAGCAAAUACCUGAUGGUCUUGCGGAAGCUGCAGGAGGCUAUGCCCGACCUUCCCAGCUCCCAUUCUGAGUUGGUGAGGAACCUCAUCCAAGAAGCGCUCCAGUGGGAUGUGAAAGAAGGAGCAGAAGAAGGUUUUAACUUGAACCCUGUAAGUGAGUAUGAUGAAUAUGGGUUUAUGACUGUACCUGAGUAUGAAGUUGAGGACUGGAAACUUUUGGCCAAAAUCCAAGCCCUGGAGAUAAAGUCCAACAACCUGCGGAGCCAGGAAGUAGUGGAGAAGCCCCUCCGUGACAGGUGGAACAGCGUUGGAGAGCUGAGCCCCUCGGCGGAGCUGAAGAGCUUGAUCCGAAGCGGCAUUCCAGUGGAGCAUCGGCAGCGGGUCUGGAGGUGGAUUGUCAGCCGACACUGCAGCCAUCGGCCUGACCACUACCAGCAGCUGUUACGGCAGAGCAGGAGCACCGAGCACCCUGCCUGCCGGCAGAUUGAGCUCGACCUGCCCCGCACAAUGACCAACAACAAACAUUUUUCCUCUCCUACCUCCCAGCUCAUCCCCAAGCUCCGGAGGGUGUUGCUGGCAUUCUCCUGGCAUAAUCCUGCCAUUGGAUACUGCCAGGGACUGAACAGAUUGGCAGCUGUUGCCCUCCUGGUCCUGGAAGACGAGGAAAGUGCUUUCUGGUGCCUAGUCCAUAUUGUGGAGAACCUAAUGCCAGCAGACUACUACAGUGACACACUGAUAACAUCACAGGUAGAUCAAAGAGUCUUCAAAGACUUCCUGUCAGAGAAGCUGCCUCGCCUCAUGGCUCAUUUUGAGCAGCAUCGGAUUGAUGUCUCACUCAUCACCUUCAAUUGGUUUCUGGUGGUUUUUGUGGACAGCCUGGUCAGCGACAUCCUCCUGCGAGUGUGGGAUGCCUUCUUGUACGAGGGAACUAAGGUGAUUUUCCGCUAUGCUCUUGCGAUUUUCAAAUACAACGAGGAGGAAAUCCUAAGAAUUCAUGACAGUGUGGAGAUCUACCAGUACCUGCGCUUUUUCACGAGAAUGAUCAUGGAUGGCAGGAAGCUGAUGAACAUUGCCUUCAAUGACUUAAACCCCUUCCCCAUGAAACUGCUGAGGAACCGGCGGUCAAUGCACAGAGAAGAGCUGGAGGCAGAGCUAUGUGAGCUGGAACAGAUCAAGGCAGCCUAUGUAAAAGAGAGAGCAGAGCAGGGGGCUCAGGACCUGAAGGAGGUUGUUAGUGAAGAGGAAGAAGAGAUUUAAUAAAAACAGAAUUCCUCAUCACUUUGCUUCCACCUGGCAGAAGGCCUUUGGUAGCAACUGUCUGUAAGAGAUGAAGCUGGGGGGAGGGGAAAGGUGGUCACAGCAGAAAUUCCAUCUGCCCCAGGAAGUAAAGGCUGUAAUUAUAGGACAAUUUGGGGACCAAGCCAUACUUUGUAAUGGAUUGGAAGGUAUCAAAGGAGUUUAAUCCUCUUCUGUACUUCUCCCCAUUCAGCCCACCUUGCCUUGUGCAGUUCAGGAUUGCAACUUAAGGUCCAUAGGAAAUCUUGGUUAUGGUUGACAUACUGCAAAAGACCCAACCAGGCAGGGUUCUUCUACCUUUUCUGGUGGAGGCUUGAAAGAGAUCUUUAUGUGUAAGUAAAACCACCAGAAAUAAUGAACCGAGAGCACUCCUGUGUUGGUACCUAAAGGUUCUGAACUGGUCAGAAAGGAAACCUGCUCUUAGAAGGCAUGGUGUCUGCAGUGGCUAGCCUGCCAGGAGAUCAUGUGUUUAACAUUGCAGUUACUGAGUGUUGGGCUUGAGGAAGUCCUGGGAUUGGACUUCCCCUGGAACUCAGGCUGGGACAAGUGAAAUGGGUUGUAGGAGAGCGGAGGUGCCUCUGCAGUUUAUUUUGGUUCCUGUGGAAGUCCAUGGGAGCACAAGGUGUGUCUCCCUGCCUGGCUGGAAAAUGCUGGGAGCUACCUCUGUUUAGCUUUGAGCACAGCCAUCUGUGGGUUGGCCUGACUCUGGCAGCACUAUGCCUUUCAGAGGUGAGUUUGCUCCAAAGAGGAGCUCUCACCUCAGUGUGAAGCUGAGAGCAGCAUGGCUGGAGGCAGGGCAUAAUGUUAUGGAGGCUUUGACUGCUGGGAACACCUGAGUCUUCUGAUCACCUCACCCUUGGCCAGGAUGAGUGUGUGGCCAUCUCUCUUUAACGCACAGUUAUGCUCCUCCUGUGCUGGGUUUCUGUAUUGAUAUCCCUGUCUCAGACUCCCUUUCAUAAUUUCUGUAGGAGUUUCCAAUACUGAAGGUGUUUGACCCAUGGAAUAUUGCACUCUGGGGGUGAACCUGCAGACCAUUAGGACUAGGUCACAAAAGAUAGCUACAUAUUCUUUAGAAAAAACAUUAAUUUCCCCUGAACCAAGGAGCUGGCCUCCGUGGGUCUAGCACACAGAGAUGCCUUGCCUCCCUCUGGGAGUGGGAUCUGAUAGCCUUCUCCCCUGCCUCCCAGGCUCGCCCAUCCCUGGGCUGGAUGCCCUGCCUGUGUAGCUCAGUCCUCCAGCCUCUAGUGGAAACAGCACCAGCCUCGAUUCACCUGAGACACGUGGUCUGUCUCAGCUCUGCCUUACCUCUGCCUCAGGCACAACUGGGUAAACAAGACAGUUUCAAAGAAUUAUAAAAGUCUGAGCUGGGAGAGACCCGUGGAGGCCAGCCACACAGUACGGAAGUAAUGAAGGAGGAAAUGAAGUUUUGUGAAGAGUGGAUAGAUAGACAAGAAUGAGGUAGAUGCCCUGCAUAUCACUGACAGCUGUACCUUGAAAGUGUGGGAUGAGAAGAAAAUGUUUCUGGAGUCUUACCACAAAAGAAAUGCACUGGAUUUAAAACAAUGCCACCUAGCUAGAGAAGCUCAAAAUGCAGAAGGUUUUCUUUACACAUCAUGUUGCUAAUCUAAUUUACUCAUACUGUUAUGUAAAUGGGUGCACAAAAUACAGAUUUUUGCUACUGUUACGGACUUUUGAAAGACAUUCUCUUUUAAAUCAAGACCGUGGAAAUUAGAGGUGUACUUACAGUUGUAUUUUUCCUAGAGCGUUUUGCAGCAUCUUAAAAAACUUUUCUUCCAUCCCUUAUGUUUUUUUUAAAAAAAAGCAUUUGAAACAUGCAUUAGACCAAACCAUAGCCUGACAUAUGUCUACAGUAUAUAAAUAAGCAUUGGUCUAUGUGGUAUAUAAUGACCUAUUAAAAAAUAAACUUUUCUGGAGAAGGCAUAAGGACCAAGCUGUUGUCCCUGAUGAGAAAUUCUGAAAAUAAUUUUUAAUUGAAAUUAGAAAGGAAGGACAUCUCAGGGUUGUUAGAAGUUUCUUGUCUGUUGAGUCUUCACCAGCUCUUGGUUUUGUUCCACAUGUCUAUUCGCUGAGGGCCAUUCCCUCUGGUCAUGCCACCACCAGUCACUUGUGGUCUUUCUUUACUAAAAUGUGGUGGAUGCAGCAAUACCUGCAAGGCCUGUGCAGACCUGCUCCUGGAAGCCAAGCAUGGGCCAUAUACUCCCCUUCUGUUCCACGAACUUCAGAGGUACUGAAGAGCACGGAAUGCAUGUCACAGGAUACCAGCUGUGCCCAGAAGUUAGCUUAGCCCUUCCCAGAUCCCUCAAGCCUCUGCAUGACCUGCAGUGAGUAUCAGUCAGUGCCGGGGGUGUUUUGAGCAGAGGUUACCACUGCAUGAAGUGCAAAGGAUAAUUUGCUGUCUGCUGCCAUGGACAACUGUUGUGGUUGGAAAACAGUUUGACCUGGUUGCACAGCCCAGUAGCUCCCUCUGCCUGUGCUGGCGCCUGUGGGUAAAACGGGCGUCUUUCCACCCCAGAGUCAGCCUUUGCUGAGCUUUGCUGUAUGGGAUAUAUAACAUGACUUUUUAAAUUAAGCCUUCUGUCUCUGCAUUAAUCUAAACUUUGGGAUACCAGCUCCAACCCUGAAAAGGAUGGUUUUGAUUCCACCCCCUCCCAAUCCCGCCCCCCAGAAUGUGCAGUUAAUCUGUAGCUCACCUUGUUGCAGGACUUUGGGGCCACCAAGUGUUUAUUUGGUUUUGAGAGGACAAAUUGGUGGAGGGUGGCCAAACACACAGAAAGCCACUGUGGGCUCAGUAAGUCCCUGAGCUGCAAACAGGCAGGGACUGGGAGGCUUCUCUUCUCCGCAGCUUUUUUGGCCCUGGGUGGGCUGGAAGGAGCUUUGGUCUGAACUGCUCCUACCUCUGUGUGCUGCAUGCAAAAGCCCUAGUGCACAGCAAAGACACUCGAUCUGCUCCCGUGUCCUGGCACGCUGUCCCGGAAAGAGGCAUUCCUGGGGAGGUUGUUUCUGUGUUGGGUUAAUGUUUAUCCCAAGCUCCAGCUUCUCAUCCAGGGUGAAGGAGAGUGCUAUGGCACAAGGCAUUGCAGGAGGCAACAACAGCCCGUGGCAGCAGAUGUCCCACAGCGCCGAGGUUCUCCUCCAGCUUGCAGCCUGGGCAACCUCCUGCCACCACCACAGACAUGAGACCUGGAGCUGGCUCUCUUCCCAUUUAAGAGCUCACUCUGGUGGCCUGAACCCAAAGCUGGGACUCCUCCAGUUGCUCCUCUACAGAACAUUUGCUUUGCCUGGCCUGGGGACGUGCCAGGUGCAAGAAGACAAGCCACUUUCCCAUGCCAGGGCCAUAGUGGUGGAGCUGAUGUAAUUUAAUGCCCUCCGAGGUAAUUCAAGCCCUUUCCUGGAGUUCAGUGAGAGGCUGCAGGCUGCUCUGAGAUGCUAAAUCAUGAGAAUACCCCUGUGCAUUUUUCUGCUCAGCCUUGGGAGCUCUCUAGAGAGGAAAGCAGCAUACCAGGUUAGUCAG